GCAGUGCUGGAGGUGACGUGACGAUGGCGGAGCCAAGUGCAAAACGAUCUACUAGUAGGCAGCCCAGAUUGCCCACCUCGAGUGCCGUGCGUGGUUUUUUGAAAAAGUUUUCUUUGCCAGGUUCAGGCACUGAUCCUCUCGUCUUUUUCAGCAGCCAUCAUGACGAGCUCCGACAGGUUCUGCUCGAGGAGCUUCAGUCUCACCCGUUCAAGGUGGUUUUAGUUUUGAGGCAGGAGAUGACACGAGAGUCGGCCACGGGUAGUACGUCUGCCGUCCCGUUUUUUAGAAGUAGACCGGCUCGGAUCCUCAGCGAAGGGGAUAUUGAUAGUGCAGUCAAGAUCAUGGUGGCGAGGAUCACUGGUCUUAUUGAUACGUGGGUGCAGAACGGAUCCAACUGGACCGUUUCUCGAGUGAGACAGCUGGAUGUAUCGACAGCAAAGUACACUCCUCUUCGAGGUGGUGCAGCUGAUAUCCCGCCCAAAUUAGAAAAAAAGAAGGCCAUCAUUAACGUAAAGAACAACGAUGACAGGUGUUUGAUGUGGGCGUUGUUGUCAGCGCUGCACCCCGUCGAACAGAAUGCUGAGCGUGCAUCCAAGUACACCCAGUAUGUGGAGGAGCUGCGGUUCGACGGUGUAAUGUUCCCUGCAACGCUCCGUGAUGUAUCCAAAGUGGAGAUACAGAAUGGUCUUGCAAUCAAUGUGUUUGGGUACGAGGGGAAUCUGUACCCACUCUAUCUCAGCGAGCGACAGGAGACUCCCAUCAACCUCCUUCUACAUGACAACCACUUCACAUGGAUAAAAAACUUCAGUCGUGCAUGUGAGAAUAAGAACAAGCGGGCAACACACUACUGCUUGCGAUGCCUCUCCGCACACAAAACAGCAGACUCCCUGCAGCAUCACAGCGAGAAAUGUCAGGUGAUGAAGCCCGUGCCAGUAGUCAUGCCCACAGCAAAGGACAGCAUCCUCAAAUAUACAAAUUUGAAGCACAGGAUGGUGGCUCCGUAUAUCAUUUACGCUGAUACGGAAGCCAUCAUUGAGCCGAUGGAGGAACAGCAUGGCAGCAGCACUGUACGCACAGCACGUCAUGUACCAUGCAGCAUCAGAUAUGCUGCCAUCCGAUCCAACGGUGAAGUCCGGGGCGAGUUUGACGACUGCAGUGAGAAUGCCAUUCACAACUUUUUCGACAGUCUCAAAGAGUUGGAAGGCAGUAUCCAGGAGGAUUUGGCUGAUAUCAAGCCAAUUCGCAUGACGGCAGAACUGGAGCUUGAGUUUCAGAAUGCAGUCAACUGCUGGAUAUGUGACGAAGUACUUGGAGAAGAUCGUGUUCGUGAUCAUGAUCAUCUCACUGGCAACUACCGUGGUGCUGCACACUACCAGUGUAAUAUUCAGCUGAGUAUCUACCCAGAUCGCCAGAUCAUUCCGGUUGUGUUUCACAACCUGAAAGGGUACGACGCUCACCACCUCAUCGCCCACAUUGGUAUGACCGAGGUUGAAGAGGUGGAGUACGAGGACUCUAACCAGCGUAAGCGGAUUAAGAAGGUUGGUGAGAUCAGUGUCAUCGCCAACAACAUGGAGAAAUAUAUUUCAUUCAAGUGGCGUCAGUACCGCUUCAUCGACUCCAUGGCCUUCUUGAACUCCUCUCUGGACUCGUUGGUGAGCAACACCCCGGAAGAUGCCUUCAAGCUUACUCGUACAAUGGCCCAUCAUGACCUUCUCCUGCGUAAGGGUGUCUACCCCUACGGGUAUAUGGACUCCUUUGCUCGGUUUGAUGAGACACAGCUGCCACCUAAAUCAGCAUUUGAGUCUAGUUUGACUGGAGAAGGUAUCAGUGAUGCUGACUAUGCUCAUGCUCAGAACGUAUGGCAGACAUUUGAGUGCAGUACAAUGGAGGCCUAUCAUGACCUCUAUUUGCAAACAGAUGUCUAUCUUCUAGCAGAUGUCUUUGAGCAUUUCCGCAAGACGGCAUACAAGACGUAUGGACUGGAUCCAGCCCAUUACCUUACUCUCCCAGGAUAUGCAUGGGAUGCUCUACUACGGUUCACCCAGAUUGAACUGCAGCUGCUCACGGAUGUAGACAUGCAUCUGUUUGUCGAAGCUGGUCUACGUGGGGGCAUCUCAAUGGCGUCGCAGCGGUACGGCAAGGCCAACAACCCAACGAUGGAUCAGUACAAUCCUGCCGAGCCCACAUCAUACCUGCUAUACCUUGAUGCCAACAACCUGUAUGGCUGGGCUAUGUGCCAGAGUAUGCCGACAUCUGAGUUUGCCUGGUGUGACAAGAACCUGUCCGAAAUACUGGCACAACCUGUAGAUUCGAGCACUGGGUUCAUUGUGGAGUGUGAUCAACUUUCCCACUGACCAUCCUCAGUACACUUCUGCCAAUAAGAAAGUGGUUGGCAAAUUCAAAGAUGAGCUUGGUGGGAAAUCCAUGGUGGAGUUUGUAGGUCUAAGAUCGAAGAUGUACUCCUACAUCGGGCAGGAAUCGGCCAAACGGGCAAAGGGUGUUCGGAAGGCAGUCCUGGCAAAUACCAUCACCCACAAGGACUAUGUAGAUGCACUGCUCAGUCAUCGUGUGUCUGCCAGGCCUAUGACGGGUCUCCGAUCACAUUGCCACACAGUGUAUGAGGAGGUAACCACCAAGGUGGCAUUGUCUCCAUUCGACUGCAAGCGGUAUAUACUGGAUGAUGGCAUGGCCACACUUGCAUAUGGUCACAAGGACAUUUAAUGGGCAGGACCCCACAUUGAACAUGUUUCAUCAUUUUCAUGCAAAACUCCCCGCCAUUUUUCUGUCUAAUAUUCCUCCUUUCUUGACGUGUGGAGCUGGCUCCAACACUCUACAUUUUUGUUAAAUAUUUCAAGCUUGUGCCUCAAUUAUAUUGCAGGAUAUAGUGCAUUGUGCGGUAUAAUAAUCUUCAUCGCAUCAUAAAAUAUUACCCUACAUACUUUUGGUUUGCAGUGUGUGCGCAGCAUAGUCCAUAUAUCAUCAAAUUGAUCAAGUUCAGUAUCUGCGGGCAUAUAUUUCCCCAGCUUGAGAAAAUGCUUAUAUACUUGCGUAAAUUUAUGCUCACAAUGAUGACAUAAAAAAUGAGAUUAAAGUC